GCCACGGAGGACGCCAUCUUGGUGGUGCUGUGCCGGGAAGCGCGGGGAGCGGGGCUCGGCGCCGAGCCUGUCCUAGUGGCGUGUCCGUUAAGUUGAUUUUACAGAAUUUAUCAGGUCUUCAAAGCAGAAACAGGUGAUUUUUGCUGUGGGUUGAGCUCAGCAUGGCUGUAGUCAUCCGUUUACAGGGGCUUCCUGUUGUUGCGGGUCCUGCAGAUAUUCGUCGUUUCUUCUUGGGAUUGAAUAUUCCUGAUGGAGGUGUGCAUAUUAUUGGAGGAGAGAUUGGGGAGGCUUUUAUUAUAUUUGCAACAGACGAAGAUGCACGGCGUGCCAUGAGCUGUUCAGGAGGGUUUAUCAAGGACUCGCGCAUAGAGCUCUUUCUCAGCAGCAAGGCAGAAAUGCAGAAUACCAUAGAAAUGAGCCGGAAACGAUUUGACCGUGGGGGACGAGAAACUAUGUCUGGCUCUAGAAGAACAGGUACUAAUGGUUCUGGUGCAUCAGGUGUUGGAGACAUUCCACAUGUAGUCACGGCUUUUCCAAAAGGAAUAAGUAAACCUGGUUACGGUCCACCAAAUCAUCCGGAGGCUGGUUUCCAUACCAAUGGCACAAGACGUGGUGAUAUAGGUAUGCCUAAAUCAAGUUACCAGUUGAGAAAGGAUUCUCAUCCAUUUAACCCAGAUGAUCUUUACUUAUUUCUACGUGGUAUACCUUACUCUGCAACAGAAGAUGAAGUACGCGCUUUCCUUUCUGGGAUACAUGUGGAUGGAGUGAUUCUGAUAAAGCAUCGCAAUGGUUUAAACAAUGGUGAUUGCUUGGUAAAAUUUGCUACGCCUGGUGAUGCCUUAGAAGGACUUAAACGUCAUAGACAAUACAUGGGUCAGAGGUUUAUAGAAAUAAGCCCAUCUACAGAGGAACGGUGGAUUGAAUAUGGUGGGAGGGUAGACAUGCCAAAUGAAAUCGAUCGCUUUUUGUGCGAAGACCGUUCUCCAAGAAGUUCAGGCUACAUGCAUUCAAGGAAGCAUUCUCAUUCAAGAUCACCAAGGAGACAAAGAACACGGUCUCGUUCACCUCCCAACCAGGAAUAUUACAUACACUUAAGAAAUCUAUCUACUAAUCUGGAGAAGAGAGAUUUGAGAGCUUUUUUCCCUGAUCUGGAUAUAUGCAGCAAACAAAUCAAGCUUCUAACGGAUAAGCAUCAGAGGAGGACUAGAGAUGCCUUUGUGAUGUUAAGGAGUGAGAGAGAUUAUCAGGCUGCUUUGGAAUGUCAUAGAAAGGUUCUUCUCAAUCGUUCCGUUUACAUUUUUCCAAUUUCAAGAAAGUCAAUGUUGAAAAUAAUUGAUUCUUGUGAGAGGAAAAGAUCCCAGGACAGAGAUCAUCCUGGACAGGCCAUACCAGAAAAAAGUUAUCGGGAAGGUCAUUCUGGCCCUAAGAUGUGUGUUUAUGUAAGGAAUUUUCCAUUUGAUGUGUCGAAAAUUGAAGUGCAAAAGUUCUUUGCGAGAUUUGAUAUUGAUGAAGAUGAUAUUUACUUGCUCUAUGACGACAAAGGAGUUGGGCUGGGAGAAGCAUUAGUGAAGUUUAAAUCUGAAGAACAAGCCAUGAAAGCAGAAAAUUUAAAUCGUCGAAGAUUCUUGGGAACGGAGGUAUUAAUAAGACUUAUAUCGGAAGAGCAGAUGCAGAAGUUUGGUGUAACUGUACCAUUGUCUGCACCAAAUGAAAUGCAGAGUCAUUCACAUCCGUAUAACAGAGGUGAGCUUUCCCGUCCAGUUGGUUCACCAUCUGGGCCACCACAGGGGCCACCCAUGCAUUCAUUUGGUCCCCCUGGGAACUUCAGGCAUCCUUCUGAAUUUAGGCACCCCCCUGAGGACUUCAUGUGCCCUCCUAAGGAUUUUAGAGGUCCACCACCCCUCAUGGAUUUUGGUGGUGACAGCGAACCUUUUGGCAGAAUGGAGUUUGGGAAUAAUAAAAUGGGAAGUUUUCCUGAAGGAAGAUUUAUGCCGGAUCCAAAUUUCAGUGGUGGUUCUGAACGUGUUGUUCCUAUUCGAUUGAAAAAUUUACCUUUUAAAGCUACCCCUAAUGAGAUUCUGGACUUUUUCUAUGGCUACAGAGUCAUACCAGAGUCAGUUUCUGUACAGUAUAACGAACAAGGAUUACCUUCGGGUGAUGCCAUCGUUGCUAUGACAAACUAUGAGGAAGCUAUGGCUGCUAUUAAUGAACUGAAUGAUAGGCCAAUUGGUCCACGGAAAGUUAAGUUGAGCUUGCUGUAAAGGAGGAAAAGAUGCUCUAGAAUAAAACAGUCUAGAUUUGACAGUAUUGACAGUUAUUUUCAGUUUUUUAAUUACUGAAAGAUGCAGAAGAAACUGUUUCCAUCAACGGUUGUAAAUAAUAUCUAGUUCAGUUGUUUAGCUCUUGGUUGAAAUCUCUGUAUGGUUAAGAUAUGAGAACUGUAUUGUGCCUACUUCUUGUUGCAGAGAAGAACCCAGAAAUUCUGGAGGACAUUGAAUGUCUUACAUCAAGGUGUAAAGGCAUGGAGUUGUAAUGCUUUGGGUUUUUUUUAGUUUGCUGUAAUUCCAUGUCUCAUGACUUUGCAUCAAAUAAAAAUGUAAGUGCUGGUUGAUUUACCACAUAAACGGUUCAAAUAGAAGAACUUCAGUGCUACUGCAUUAAUAGAUAACGCUUCUUACUGAGGUUAGCUUAAUAAAAUUAAAAAAUGGGGUUUUUUUUUGUGUAAACUGUUCAGGUUUUGUUCGGUUUCAUGUGGUUGCAGGCAUUCCUAUUGAAAGAAGAGAAAAGAGCUUCCUGUUCACAUUAGCUGGCUUUGCAACUUUUUUUAAAUAAAAAAGAAAUUGCCAUUAAACGUGUGUCUUAUAUUUAAAACUUGUAUAGUUAAUGAUCCCAACUAUUAUGCUCAGCAUAGCAUACCUGGGUCUCGGUGAGAAUGAUGCUACUACAGUUUGUCUACCACAGCAAUGAAUACGUGGUUUACAAAGACUGCAAAAUCUGUAUUAAUCAGUUGGACAGGCUUUCUUGUUCUCCUCACUCACUGUAGUACCUUGAGACAGAAAAUGAACCUUGGAAUUAGACCAAGAAUUCCAACUUCAGCCUGGGCUUUCGGAGUGGUCUUUAUUUUAUCUCCACAUGCUUGUAAUAUGAAUAUUAACUUGCUAAUGAUGUCUGGAUGCAUUCCAGGUCAAUCUCUGAUUAGUUUUAACUAACAUCUGUCACUGGCAACCAAGCUGACAACCAACUAUGUUACUUUCUUAUGUAAGAAAAUAAAUGCUUAUGUCAG